AAUUACAAGAUCUUGUACUAUAUAAUAAAAACGAGGACUACUCCACAGUCUAGUAUCAUCCAUCACAACUGUCUUUCUCUUCUUAACAAGUUAUACAACAAGCUAAAAAACAAUAAAAAUGGAGCCACAAGCUGUUUCUCCCUUACCGAACCGACAUGCAGUUUGCAUACCUUAUCCAGCACAAGGCCACAUCAACCCCAUGCUGAAAGUAGCCAAGCUUCUCCACGCCAGAGGCUUCCACGUCACCUUUGUCAACACCGACUACAACCACCGCCGCAUCCUCCGAUCACGUGGCCCUCACGCUCUCGACGGUCUCACCUCCUUUCGCUUCGAGACUAUCCCGGAUGGUCUUCCUUGGACCGACGUCGACGCUAAGCAGGACAUGCUUAAGCUUAUAGACUCCACCAUGAACAACUGUUUAUCUCCAUUCAAAGAUCUCCUCACCCGGUUAAACUCCAGUUCUGAUGUACCGCCGGUUAGCUGUAUUGUCUCUGACGCUUCCAUGAGUUUCACGAUUGACGCGGGGGAGGAGCUUGAGAUUCCGGUUGUUCUGCUUUGGACGAACAGUGCUACAGCACUUAUGCUGUAUCUCCACUAUCAAAAACUCAUGGAGAAAGGAAUCAUUCCUGUAAAAGAUGAGAGCGAUUUGAAGACGGAGAUAUAUUGGAUACCAUCCAUGAACACCAUUCAGCUUAAGGACUUUCCAGACUUCAUCAUUAAAAGUGAUCAUCAACAUCUCAUGCUUAAUUUCAUCACACAUGUCACCCAAAGAUCCAAACGCGCUUCCGCUAUAAUGAUCAACACUUUCGAAAACCUCGAACACGACGUCGUCUCAUCCCUGCGAUCGAUUAUCCACCCUCGGAUCUACCCGGUCGGACCGUUACCGAUGUUGGAAGACCGGGAAAUUAACCGGGACAGCGAGAUCGGACGGCUGAGAUUGAAUCUAUGGGAAGAAGAGACGGAAUCUUUAGAUUGGCUCGGCACCAAGGAGAAGAAGAGUGUUCUCUACGUCAACUUCGGGAGUAUAACGGUUUUGACGAGCGAGCAGCUGUUAGAGUUCGCGUGGGGGUUAGCGAUGAGCGGGAAGGAGUUUCUCUGGGUGGUGCGGUCGAUUCUCCCGGCGGAUUUUCUAUCGGAGACGGCGGAUCGAGGGAUGGUGGUUACGGGAUGGUGUCCUCAAGAGAAGGUACUCUCGCAUCCGGCGAUCGGAGGAUUUUUGACUCACUGCGGAUGGAAUUCGAUGAUGGAGAGUGUGUUCGCCGGUGUUCCGAUGAUAUGUUGGCCGUUCUUCGCCGAUCAGUUGACGAAUCGGAAGUUCUGUUGCGAGGAGUGGGGGUUGGGGAUGGAGAUCGGCGACGAAGUGAAGAGGGACAGAGUGGAGGCGGUGGUUAGGGAGGUGAUGGACGGAGCGGGAGGAGUUGAGAUAAGAGAGAAGGUGAUGGAGUGGAGACGCGUGGCGGGAGAAGCUUCGGCGCCACCGUGUGGUUCGUCUUUUGUUAAUUUUCAAACGGUGGUUAAUGAAGUGCUUAUGGUUGACGGUUAGAGCGGUAUUAUUGGGCUUUGCGUAACUAAGAGCCCAUUUGUUUCUUGAUACGCCGAUAUUAUCUGCCAAAUGCAUGGAGAAAUGUCUUUCACUGUCAGUCGAGCUGCCUUUGGAUGAAUACAAGGGAAACUCAAAUUUUAUAAAA